AUGUCAGUCAACCGUAACGUUGAGUCCAUCAACAACAAGCAGGGCGAGUUCCACCCCAGCGUCCCUCGUUCAGAGCCCCUCACAACCAAAGGCCACGCCCCUGGCACCAAAGUCGGCAACGACGCAUACCCCGAGUUCCACGCCCAAGCAUACCCUGCCGGCACAGCACCCAGAGAAAACACCUUCCAGCCCCAGAACGCGCAAGAGAUCCCCGGCCAGGCUCUGAACCCCGAGGCUACCACGUAUACGGCCGCGCACGAUUUCCCUGGUGCCACGAGCGGGGACGUCCACACUGGGCUGGGUAAACCUGUACAGGGCCAAACUAGCGCCGAGCUGCACGGGGCUAACCUUGGUCGCCGUGACAAAGAGAGCGCCGGACUUGAGGGAGUUGGAGCUUUUGGCAAGCACAACUUCAGAGAGCGGCGGUUGGAUGUUGACCAGGAGCCCGAUGCUCGUGGCAAGACGAAGAAUGCAUCGAAUGUUCUCGGCGCGGAAGAGAGAUUACCUGUGUCGGCUGAAGCGGUCGCCAGUGAGCGUCGAUAA